AUGUCAGUUGGUAGCAGCGCGUAUGGACAGUUUGGCAUUUUGUGAUGUGAGGAUUUUUGUUGAAAGUUUUUUAAUGGAAUAAAACACAAAUUCUGUAAAGUAAUUGAUGUCAUUUAAGAGCGUUUAUAAUAAAAUUCUGAAAUAUAGAGAAAGAGAUUACAGCGGGAUGCCAUGGAGACCGAAAUCAGGCUGUAUGCGUCUCUUCAAAUUUGGUUAAGAGAUGAAAAUAAAAAAUGAUGGAAUGCAAAUAAAAACAUUAGAACAUAUGUGAUGUGAAACAUAAUUUAGUGGUAUUAAAAUAAAAGGAAUGACUAUAAAUAAAUAGUGUUGAUCUCAAUAAAGGCUAAGAUUCUUCAACUGAAAAAAGACUUGUUAUGUGAAUGACUAGUAGUGAUAGUGCAGCAUGAAAGGAAAGGGUAUGUGAUAAAAGUGCGAAAUGAUUAAGGAAAAAGCCGAAAAAAGUUCGGAGACAACAAAAGAUGAAGCUGGCAGUUCAGAUAAAGAAACUGCUAGCACAGAAGUUAGAGUUAAGAAGGAAGAUGAGACUACUGUUAAGAAAGAACCAUGUGCAGGUCCUAUUACAAAAAAUGGAGGUAUUGUUGGUUCAACGAAUACAGGUUCCUUACAAACAACGUUGGAUAGAAAACCUGAGGUUCACUCAGAGGACUCUUUAAGUGUGCCCGGUCCAGAUUCUAGUUCGCUACCCCUGAAACAAGAAGAAUGUCUUGAUGGUGAACUAGGAGGUGAUGCAUUUGGACUGGGGUUGCCUACUACUGGAGGCAAUACGCAUCCUCAACCUCCGGAAGGAGUGCAACCCCUAGCAAGUAAUGUUAUUAAUAAACAGCCUAAUUCAAUGGAAGUGAAUUAUAUGCAACAACAGAGCCAGAUCUUUGUAUUUUCAACCAGUUUAGCGAAUUCCGGUGCAGAUGAGGUGUUACAAGGUAGAUUUCCUUCGAUAAUAGCUUAUCAUUGUGCCCAGCCGGGUACUAAGAAAUAUUUAGAGAAAAAUCCUCUAAAGGUAACUCAAUUUAAUAGACAAAAUCCCGCACAGUGGCUUAAUAACAUUGCCAUGAUGAAAAACAAAAGUUGUAAUAGGAGUCCGGGGCUUGGAUCAAAACCUCCAACUACUUUAGAUAAUUUUUUGGGACCUGACUCUUUAGAGGAUAUGGUAGGUUUGGACGAAGCGAAUAUACCUUGGGAUACGAAAAACAAUCACCUCGAAGGCUUAGAUGCUGCUGUUUCAAAUGGAUUACCUGAUGUGGUGCCUGAUAUGGAUGCUUGCAGUCCUUCAUUAGCAAAUGUUCAGCCCUCAUUGCAGGGUGUUAAAGUGCCUGAUGAGAAUCUCACUCCUCAACAGAGGCAACACCGAGAAGUACAAUUGGCUACAAUACGGAAAAUGCAACAAAUGUUGUUUCCUGAAAGCCAAAGUAUGGAUGGAGUUCCUACACCAGGAGGGGGACCACCUCCCAGCGGUAAUCAACCAGGAAACAAUGCUCCAACUGAUCCAACGCUUCCUGCAGGAGUACCUCCGCCCGGUAGUCAACUCGAGUGGCAGAAACUACACCAUCAAUUUUAUGAUGACACUAAAAGAAAACAAGGUCCUGGUCCCGUUGUUCCAGUCGGUCCAGUUAGCGGCGGCGGCGGCGGCGGCGGCGGUGGUAACAGUAAUAAUCCGAAUAUACCGGCCGCUGGGCCAGUCGCCAUGCCGAGAGGUGUUCCUGGACCAGGACCUAGACUUCAAGGACCCCCGCCUCCAUAUCACCCGACCCCACGAUCGGCCAGUGUUCCAAUAGCAUUACAGAGCCCCAAUCCUACAUCACCCAACAACCCCACGAGUAAUUUGUCAUUACCGUCGCCCAGAGCUUCUUCUGCUCUCAAUUCGCCAGCCGAUCCGAACAGAACGUUCGGAUUAAGCAGGCAUAUGAGUACUGGACAAAGCCCUACCUCACAAGACUCCCCUUCAGCACCAAGACUUAAUCAUAGUAAUCCCGGCACACCUUUAUCAUCACACCAUCUCUCGCCCAGUGUCACCAGCAACAGUACCGAGCCCACUUCGACUCACCAAUCGACCGUAGAUGGAAUGUUUGGGAGAACAUUGCAAUCGAUGGCCCAACAAAAACAGCAAAUCAGCACGUCGACGACUUCGUGUGCCACUACGUCGAGCACGGGCAUCGUCAAGGAGCCCAAUCUGAUGCCCGUACCAUCUCCGCAACGAAUACAGUAUCUGAAUACAUUCGAAGGACAAGAACUGAUUAUUCAGAAGCAACCAAACACCAGUCUUAAGGAUGGCAAUAUCAUAUCACCUCCAGUUUUACCCACUACAUUGGAUAGUGGUUUUCCUGUUUCUACACCAGAUCUUCCACACUCUAGGGUCUCAGGUCCCAAUACUCCUACUUCAAUAGACGUAGGUCCAAGAUUUCCUCCUACCCCUUCAGAGGGUUGUCGCUUCCAGAUACCCAGUCCACAUACACCCACUGCUGUAACAGCGGGUGACAAACCGCCACAAAGACUGUCCGGAACAGGAGCGCCUGGUUUAAGCCCACAGACUGUUCCCGGGCCUAAUUCUGAUCCUCUAAAAACGGACCUGUUUCCGACUCCCAGUCCUCACAUGAUGGACGUACCGAGAUUCGCCGGGCCCAACGCCUCUCCUGGUGCUAAAAUGGGAGGAGGUUUCGUGAACUUAUCGCCUCAAGGGAAACCAAUGGAUUUGCCUAAUUACGGAUGCGUCAGGGGUGAUAACGUUCCCUUGAAUCCUAAUUGUACGAGCGCCAUGUCUGGAAAUCCCAAAGUAUCUCAUUUUGAUCCGAUUUCUUCAUUAGCACAAAUGAGUCAACAGUUGACAAACAGCGUGGCAAGUUCUUUGAACGGUCAAAGCAAUCAAGGUCCUCCGAUGAUGAGUUUCGGUUCCUCUUCGAUGCAUAUGAUGGACAUGGGCUCCUGCCAUGGAAUGAACGACAUAGAUCAAGGAUCAGGAAACAUGAUGGGCAUGCCGAUGCAAGGACCUCCGCAUGGAUUCCAUCCAAAUUCACCGAUGGGCCCUAUUCGCUCUCUUUCGCCUAAAUUGCCAGGUGCCUUUCCCAAUCAUAUGGCCAUGCCCAGGAUGAUGGGACGUCCUCCAGGUCCUCCGAAUCCGUACAAUGGAGCUAACGUUCAAAUUAAACCUAACGCACCAAAUACAAUACAGUAUUUACCCGCGAAAUCUCAAGUGGGACAGGCGCCUGGACCGAGAGGUCCCCCCAGUAUUGAUUUCUUGACUCGACUCGCAGCGCCCAUGAAUAUGAUGGAGUCAAAGAUGCAACCCCAAAACAUGCAGUUCUUCUCUUCCUGCGGUCCCAAUAAUGGUCCGAUGCAGGGAGGUCCGAUGCCUCCGCAUAUGGGACACAUGGAGGGGCCGAUGCAUCAAGAUGGAGGAAUGGGCCCCAUGAAUAUGGGCAACCACAUGGGAAAUGGACCAGGACCGAUUGGUGGGCCGAUGGGCGGAAACAUGGGCAUGGCCGGAGGAAUGAUGCCUAUGAUGAGAGGGCCCAUGAGACCUCCGAUGGGCAUGCGAAUGUCUCAAAUGGUAUUCAACGGACCGCCUGGUGGACCCGGAGGUGUCCCAGAUCCUAUGUUUAAUCCCGGCGGGCCUAACAUGGGCAAUCCAUCAGCACAAGUGUUUGUAAGCGGACCUAAAGGCAGCCCGAUGGGAAUGGGCGCACCGGACGCCUCCCAGCCAUUGCCGCCGUCUAUGGGACAGAAUAACAGUUUUAAAAAUUCGCCAUUCGUCUGCCCGACAACUGCCGAUCCCAACUAUGCACAACAAUUCCACAACUUCCAGCAACAGCUGUAUGCAACUGGUACCCGCAAUCAAAUGGGCGGACAAGCCAUGGGGCCCGGACCGGGGCCCCCACAUAUGCAGCAGCCUCCGUACUACAAUCCCAAAUAGCAAAUAUGGUGCUGAAUGUAUGAAUCAGAGUAUUUUGUUUUAUUUUUGAUAUUACUAAUGAGUAAUCCGGCAAUAAUAAAAUGUGAGAUUGAGUUGUAUAUUAAGUGUUAAGCAUCGAAUUCAAGUGCAGUUAAAGGUCAUGUAAAAAUUUUUUUAAAAUUGCCUGCCUAUAGGCACAGUUUGCCUAAAAUACUUAAUGCUAUUCUGGAUUUGUAUAUUUGCCAUAAAUCAACUAGAAAGACUUAGUAAUAAUAUUAAGUGUUGGACUUGCUUGGUCCUUUUUAAAGACGGAGGUUUCACUAUUGCUCAUUAAUUUGUUUCUAUCCUGUUAUUCGUUUAUUGUACAUUUUAUGAGUAAUCAAUUGAAAAUGAUAACAAUAAAAUUCUAU